CACAUCGGGUCUCAAACCCGACACCGCCGAUGACGGUGUAGUAACUUCAUAGAUAAAUCAUAAUGACAUGCUGAGCAAGUAAAGUUCUCUAAGACACUAAUAAUUAAGUGAGCUGACUAUCGUCUUCUGCGCAUGGUCAUAUAAUUGGCUUAAGAUCAGACAUUAGAAUUGCCGCAAUAAUGUGAUGUAACAAAGCGACAGUAAUAUAAAUAAAUAUAUAUAUUUAUCACGUACGUAGGCCUACUGGAUUUCAUUUUUUUCAGCAUUAAAAAAAAGUCACCACCAUUAUACGAAUACGUACAAAUAUGAUCACUACUACGAUUAUAGUUGAAAUUUUGCCUGAGGUUUAUCUCCAUGUUUUACACGUUCCUUGUGUUUCAUGGAAAAACAAAAUCUAAGCGAUUAAGUGUAAACAGGUUAGGGAGUUCAGAUCAUAGAAAAGAGAGGGAGGGAGAUGAACACUCGCUCUAAAUUGUUAAGUUGGUAACUUGCUCCGCUGGAGAGUGACGAGUGAGGUUAUGGCGGACCUCGAUCGCGACACGGCUCCGUCCAGGAAGCGCGCCGGGUCGAAGAGGCGGUGUCACUCGGGGGAGGGCGAGGGCGAGGGCGAGGGCGACAUCGCGGACUUCCUGGAGUUCUGCCGCGGGGCGAAGGAGCAGUUCCGCCAGCUGUACGACAUGCCCGCGCCGCGCCUGACGGACCUGGCCGAGCUUGAGCUCUGCAAGACGCUGGGCAAGGGGUCCUUCGGCAGCGUAAGGCUCGCGAGGAACAAGAGCUCCGGAGAGGUGUACGCGGUGAAGAUCAUCAGCAAGAAACACGUGGUGAAGAACAAUCAGCUGGAACACGUGUGGAACGAAGUGAAGAUACUCUCCUCUCUGAGGUUUUCGACGUUCCCGUUCGUGGUGCGCCUGGAGUACUUCCACAAGGACAACAGCUACCUGUACUGCGUGAUGCCGUGUGUCUCCGGCGGCGAGCUGUUCAUGCUGAUGCGCAAGGUGCGCCGCUUCAGCGAGCCCCAGGCGCGCUUCUACGGCGCGCAGGUGCUGCUCGCCCUGGAGUUUCUGCACCGCCUGGGGCUGGUGCACCGGGACCUCAAGCUGGAGAACGUGCUGGUGGACGCGGGCGGCUACCUCAGGCUCGCCGACUUCGGCUCGGCCAGGCCGCUGAGCGGCCGCGCCUGGACCGUGUGUGGCACGCCCGAGUACUUCGCGCCCGAGGUGGUGGCAUGCCGGGGCUACCGCCACUCCGUCGACUGGUGGUCCCUCGGCGUGCUGCUGUUCGAGAUGUGCGCCGGCUUCACGCCAUUCCAGGACAAGAGCCACGCCCGGCAGAACGACAACAUCAUCCGCUGCAGGUACUGCACGCCCUCGACGUUCAGCCCGGAGCUCCGGGACCUCGUGAAGGGCCUGCUCCAGGCGGACAUCACCAGGCGGUACGGCUGCAUGCGGAACGGGGCGGACGACAUCAAGAACCACAAGUGGUUCACGCAGAUCAGCUGGACGGACGUGCUGAACCAGAGAGUGAAACCUUCCUACGUCCCGAGGGCGAAGGCCGUGACCGAACACAGCAACUUCGACCGUUACGAAGAGGAAGACCUGGUGGUCUCCGAUAAUGAGGAGUACGCAGAUGAGUUCAAAGAUUUCUAAGCAACACUUCUACGUGCUGUUUGCUUACAUGCACGAUAUCUGCAACUCUCAUACUGAAAAAAAUCUCCCACAGUGCACUUUUAAAAAAAAUACAAGAACCUUAUUUUAAUUUAUAAUUGUCCAUUUCAAUAUAAAUAGUUAUUAGUUUACGGGCAUAAUGUUUGUUGUUUAUAAAGACCAAACUAAUUGUGAACAUUAAAAUAUUUUUCUUGUGUUUAACUUCAUUGCCAAUGACAAGUUUUAUUGCUCCAUUUGACAACUUUGUUAACAUAACAUAGAAAAUUUUCAUUUCUCAGCUAUUGUUCCGAUGCAGAUUUUAAAUGUGCACUUAAAACCAAGAAGUUGCCUGGUUUUCAUUAAAAACCGUUAAAAUGAAUUCAUGUCAUAUGGAUAUGGCACAAAGAAAUAUGUAUUUUGUUAGGGUGGCAUAGAAAAAAAAAUUUAUUUGUACUUUUUUUAA